GGAGGGACCCCGCACUGGAGACUAGCGAGCGGCCCGCGGGCCCAGGCGGCUCUCCUCCCUGCCCUCGGGGUGAGCCCCAAUUUGGACGUGGGGACCCCCUCUCCUGCAUCCCUAAGGUGGUGAAAGACAGGUGGGGAAUCUCCCGCCUUCAGUCUCCCUCUCAAGAGGGCUUUAUUAUUUUUUUCCCUUUCCCCUCCUCAUUCCCUUAAUUGCAGAUGUUCUAAUUAAACCCUCAAAUAGUUGUUAUGCCGUUUUAAAAGGUACUUAUUCAAGUGUCAACCAGGCUGGGCUGGGAGGAGGCAGCGUAGGGCGGCGAAUUAAAGGUAGAUUGACUAAUCACGGCGGCGAUCAUAAUAAUAAAAUCAGAGGGAAAAAAAUCACAUUACGACUUUUCGUGGAAAGGAGGGUGCAGGCAGCCAGCGGCCGCCAGCCCUGCGCCGCCGCGACACAAAGAGUGCGGGCGAUUCCGCGAGACUGAUUUAUGACGUUUUACAGCCCUAUAAAAGCUGGAGCGACGAGGCAAGCGCUCCUACCACCGCUGGCAGAUUUAGUCUAAUAAAUAAAACAUAAACAGUUAACUUUAUGUGUCACUUUUAUUGUUAUCAAGUAAAAUAUAGCCAAGCCCCGGCAAGCUAUGAUUUUAAACUAUAAUUGUUAUCAAGUACAACAAGGGGACCCAGCUUCCUCCCUGGGCUCUCCCCUCCGCCGCCCCCCAACUCUGAGUUAUGGGAUCAGCUAAUUGGGAUCCGUGGCACGGCGUGGCCACCCCCGGCCGCCGUGGGGCGGGGGGGGGGGGUGCUCAGAAAAAGCAGCCCUUUUUGGCCUCCUCCCUGGCCCCGCCACCCCACCAUCAGGGUAUUGGUGUGGGUGGGCGGCCGAGGGAGGGGAGCGGGGAGGGAUGGCCUGGAGACCCCCGGGCCUGCCCAGCCUCCCCAGCUUGGUGAGCUCACCCCUCAGCUUUUGGAAAGCAGCCUGGAGCUGGCCCUCGGGAAUGUGUGUUUACAUGUAAACACAUGUGUUACGUGGCUACGGUCCCUGGCCGGAAGCAGGCUCUGCCCACACAGGCCUCCCUCCGAGUAGGUCGGGCCCUCCGUGGGGAUGAAGGAAGAAGAGCUCCCAGGGCCUUGGCCGGGCACGGUCACCGGGCACCGACUCCUGGCACGGGCCGCCUUGCCCCGGGGCCUCGGGAGCCAGGCCCGGAGCGGGGGCUCAAGCCCCAGACCUCCAGAAAUGACGUCAGAAUCAUUUGCAUCCCGCUGCCUCUACCUGCCCGGUCCAGCUGGGACCCUGCCUCGCCGGCCCCAAGGCCAGAGGGUUGGAAAUUAAUGAUCAUGAGCUCGUAUUUGAUGGACUCUAACUACAUCGAUCCGAAAUUUCCUCCAUGCGAAGAAUAUUCGCAAAAUAGCUACAUCCCUGAACACAGUCCGGAAUAUUACGGCCGGACCAGGGAAUCGGGAUUCCAGCAUCACCACCAGGAGCUGUACCCACCACCGCCUCCGCGCCCUAGCUACCCCGAGCGCCAGUAUAGCUGCACCAGUCUCCAGGGGCCGGGCAGUUCGCGAGGCCACGGGCCGGCCCAGGCGGGCCACCACCACCCCGAGAAAUCCCAGCCGCUCUGCGAGCCGGCGCCUCUCUCGGGCGCCUCCGCCUCCCCGUCCCCAGCCCCGCCAGCCUGCAGCCAGCCAGCCCCUGACCAUCCCUCCAGCGCCGCCAGCAAGCAACCCAUAGUCUACCCAUGGAUGAAAAAAAUCCACGUUAGCACGGUGAACCCCAAUUAUAACGGAGGGGAACCCAAGCGCUCGAGGACAGCCUACACCCGGCAGCAAGUCCUGGAAUUAGAGAAAGAGUUUCAUUACAAUCGCUACCUGACCCGAAGGAGAAGGAUCGAGAUCGCCCACUCGCUGUGCCUCUCUGAGAGGCAGAUCAAAAUCUGGUUUCAAAACCGGCGCAUGAAAUGGAAGAAGGACCACCGACUCCCCAACACCAAAGUCAGGUCAGCGCCCCCGGCCGGCGCUGCGCCCAGCACCCUCUCGGCAGCCACCCCGGGCACUUCUGAAGACCACUCCCAGAGCGCCACGCCGCCGGAGCAGCAGCGGGCAGAGGACAUUACCAGGUUAUAAAACAUAACUCACACCCUGCCCCCUCCCCGCGCCCCCGUCCUCCCCUCACACACAAAUUGACUCUUAUUUAUAGAAUUUAAUAUAUAUAUAUUUUUUGGUUCUUUUCCUCUCUUCCUCCCACCUCAUCCCUUGUCAAUUCCAAACUGACGAAACAGAUAAACAAGCCCUCUGCCCUUCUCUCCCUUUCCACUGUUAAGGACCCUUUUAAGCAUGUGAUGUUGUCUUAGCAUGGUACCUGCUGGGGUUUGGUUUUUCUGUUUUUCUGUUUUGUUUUGUUUUUUUAAGGCCGUUUUGGGGGGUUAUUUAUUUUUUAAGGAAAAAGCUGCAAAAAUUAUAUAUUGCAAGGUGCGAUGGUCUGGUUUGGGUGAAUUUCAGGGGAAAUGAGGAAAAGAAAAAAGGAAAGAGCGAUUUUUAAGCCAAUUCUCAUCCUUCUCCUCCUCCUCCUCCCCCCCCCCCCUUUCCUUAGGCCUUUUGCAUUGAAAAUGCACCAGGGGAGGUUAGUGAGGGGGAAGUCAUUUUAAGGAGAACAAAGCUAUGAAGUUCUUUUGUAUUAUUGUUGGGGGGGGCUGGGAGGAGAGGGGGGACGACAGCAGACAAAGCUAAAUGCAUCUGAAGAGCCUCUCAGAGCUGUUCAGUUUAAGGAGCCAAAAGAAAAUAAAAAUGAACUUUCAGUUCAGAGAGGCGGUCUAUAGGUAGAACCCCCACCCCACCAUCGUGGUUAUUGUGUUUUUGGACUGAAUUUACUUGAUUAUUGUAAAACUUGCAAUAAAGAAUUUUAGUGUCGAUGUGAAAUGCCCCGUGAUCAAUAAUAAACCAGUGGAUGUGAAUUAGUUUUA